AACGUCAAAAUUGCCAAAACUGCUAUAACGCAGGGAACAAGUAGACGCGUAAAUCAUUUUAGUUCUAUCAGAAAUUCACCGUCGUAGCGGUCAAUCGAAUUAUUGGCCCAAAACCAUAACGAUCCAUGUGGCGAUAAUAAGUAAUUUUUUUCAAACCACUUCUUUAUUAAUUGCGUUAGUAUUAUUAGUCCCGCAACCAUGGCUCACUGUAUGAGAGUUUUGCAUGGCCAGGGUGGCAGGACUAGAGUGGCCCUGUUGGAGAUUCAGCAAAGAUGCUUCAGCGUGUCCCCUCUCGCCGCCGCGGCAGUUCAGAUGUCGAGAUUCGACAAGGCUCCACUACCAUACGAAAAAUUAUCACAGAACUUGGAGAUAGUCAAGAAGAGGUUAGGUCGUGAAAUGACCUUGUCCGAAAAGGUUCUCUACUCACACUUGGAUGACCCUAAAGGACAGGAAAUCGAACGCGGCACCAGCUACCUCCGCCUGCGGCCCGACCGCGUGGCUAUGCAGGAUGCCACCGCUCAGAUGGCCAUGCUGCAGUUCAUCUCGUCGGGGUUGCCCCGCGUCGCUGUACCCUCCACCAUACAUUGUGACCACUUGAUCGAGGCUCAAAUCGGAGGCGACAAAGAUUUGGCGCGUGCUAAGGACAUCAAUGCAGAAGUAUACAAGUUCUUAGAGACAGCCGGUGCCAAAUAUGGCGUCGGUUUCUGGAAGCCCGGCUCCGGUAUCAUCCAUCAGAUCAUUUUGGAAAACUAUGCCUUCCCCGGACUGUUGAUGAUCGGUACUGACUCCCACACACCCAACGGUGGAGGUCUUGGCGGCCUAUGCAUUGGUGUGGGCGGUGCUGAUGCUGUGGACGUAAUGGCUGACAUUCCAUGGGAGCUGAAAUGCCCGAAGGUGAUUGGUGUGAAACUAACAGGCAAGCUGAAGGGCUGGACUAGUCCCAAGGACGUGAUCCUCAAGGUGGCCGGCAUCCUGACGGUGAAGGGCGGCACCGGCGCCAUAGUGGAGUACCACGGGCCGGGGGUCGACUCCAUCUCCUGCACAGGAAUGGCGACCAUUUGCAACAUGGGCGCCGAGAUCGGAGCUACUACUAGUGUGUUCCCAUACAACGCUCGCAUGGAGGCCUAUUUGAAAUCCACCGGCCGUCAGAACGUCGCUUCAUACGCCAAUAACUUCAAACACCUGCUGACUCCUGACGCUAAGGCACCUUAUGACGAGCUGAUCGAGCUGGAUUUGUCCACAUUGGAGCCGCACGUGAACGGCCCGUUCACCCCGGAUCUAGCCAACCCGAUCUCCAAACUCGGCGAGGAGGCCAAGAAGAACGAUUGGCCCCUGGACAUCCGCGUGGGCCUCAUCGGAUCCUGCACCAACUCCUCGUACGAAGACAUGGGCCGCUGCGCCAGCAUCGUUAAGGAAGCGCUGACCCACGGCGUGAAGUCCAAGGUUCCGUUCAACGUGACCCCGGGCUCGGAGCAGGUGCGCGCCACCAUCGAGCGGGACGGCAUCGCGCAGACGCUGCGGGACUUCGGCGGCACUGUGCUAGCGAACGCGUGCGGCCCCUGCAUCGGCCAGUGGGACCGCAAGGACGUGAAGAAGGGGGAGAAGAACACCAUCGUGACGUCAUACAACCGCAACUUCACCGGCAGGAACGACGCCAACCCAGCAACGCAUUGCUUCGUCACCAGCCCCGAGCUGGUCACGGCCCUUUCUUUAGCUGGUCGUUUGGACUUCAACCCGCUGACUGAUGAGCUGACCGGAAAGGAUGGCAAGAAAUUCAAACUUUCUGAUCCGUUUGGGGAUGAACUGCCCUCCAAGGGCUUCGACCCCGGCCAGAACACGUACGAGCAUCCCCCGGCAGAUGGCAGCAAGGUGAAAGUGGACGUGUCACCGACCUCCGACCGUCUCCAGCUCCUGGAGCCGUUUGACAAAUGGGACGGCAAAGACCUCACCGACCUCACCAUCCUCAUCAAGGUGAAGGGCAAGUGCACCACCGACCACAUCUCCGCCGCUGGACCCUGGCUCAAGUACCGUGGACACCUGGACAACAUCUCCAACAAUAUGUUCAUCACGGCAACGAACGCGGAGAACGGCGAGCUGAACAAAGUGCGCAACCAGCUGACCGGCGAGUUCGGGCCCGUGCCCGCCACCGCGCGCGCCUACAAGGCGGCCGGCACGCGCUGGUGCGUCGUCGGCGACGAGAACUACGGCGAGGGCUCCUCCAGGGAGCACGCCGCCCUGGAGCCGAGGCAUCUGGGCGGGCGCGCCAUUAUUGUCAAGUCCUUCGCUAGGAUUCAUGAGACCAACCUGAAGAAGCAGGGUAUGCUGCCGCUGACCUUCGCCAACCCCGCCGACUACGACAAGAUCAGACCCGAUGACAAGAUCAGCCUGCUCGGAUUAAAAGACCUCGCCCCCGGAAAGCAAGUCGACUGCGAAAUCAAGCACAAAGAUGGCAAGACCGAAAUCAUUAAGCUGAAUCACUCCCUGAACGAGCAACAAAUCUUGUGGUUCAGGGCCGGCUCCGCGCUAAACAGAAUGAAGGAAAUCGCCGCUGGCAAGUGAAUAGCUUGCGAACCCCUAGCAUAGAACUUGCAUUGGUCACCCCAAAUUUAGGGUAAAUUUUAGCCAAAUAGCAACAUUGAAUAAAGAAAUUCGGAAAAGAACGACGUGGUGCUAUUAUGAAAACUGCGUUCAUUAGAAUCUUUUAAAAUUUUUAAAUCAUGGCUAAACGUUUGAAUUCAGCCAGUGCAAGUAGUUACCAAUGUAAAUCUCUUAUAUAGAGCAUUUUAUAUUCUCAUUUGGACAAUACGGCGGUGAAUCUUAUAAUUAGUGUAGUACAAGUUACUUAGAUGAACUUAGAGAUUAAGUUUCAAUUUAUUUCUAUCAAUCACUUCACGAAAUCAAAUUGUUUUUUAUUAUUUAUGUAAAUAAUAUUUACCAGUGAAAAUAAACUUAUACAUACAUUACCAAAAUUAAAA